AUGCGGCCACCAGGUAGCGCCUUGGUGUGGGGACCCAAGGCGUGUGGGUUCGAAACCCACAAGGGGACAACAUUACAUCCGGAGCCAACAUCUCAGCUCCUAAAAUAA